AUGACCAACUCAAAUAUCAUCUCAAACUUCUUUCGUCAUGUCAUUCGGCCACCUCCAGUCAUUCAUGCAGAUAGGCCUUUAGCUUCUGAAGUCACUCAAAUGCUAGAUGCCAUGCAGUUAAUGACUUCCCAUCUAUACGAACUACCGUCGUUUCGAACUCGCUAUGCCAUCGUGGAACCCGAAUGGACUAGAAUUUGGCUUUGGUUAGUAGCUCUUCUAAAGCCACUCGACGCCUUUACCCCUGCACAAUCCGCAUCACAGGAGCUUCCUCUUACCACAGCAAGUCGCUGCUUGAUGGAAGUCUUUUCAUUGUUGAAUUCUAUUGCAUCUCCUACUCAAACUUCUCCUGCCGAAUUCGACUACUUCGUCAACAAAAUGUUGAAACAUCACGAAACAUCACGAACCUUGGCGAAAGUCUGGGUAGUUUCUUUCACGAGACAGUGGUCGUUAUCUGUCUACUACCCUAUGAUGCAGUUUCUCAUUGCGUUACAUUCUACUGUUGGGGAGGAUUCUUCCGAUCACUCGUUCCAUCUUGCUGUAAGGAAUGCCUUUCCGAAUCUUCAGUUACUACCGACGUGGUCAGCUGCCGUUGAAGACUUAUGCGGACAGCAGGCGCCCUCCCAUUACCCUAAUCCUGAUCAUCGGUUCGUAACAGCAAACCGCGGAAUGGUUUUAGCGGCAACAACCUUCUACUUCCAGCCCCUUCCAGCACUUGAUAAUGUUCACAUUAUCCUCACACAAGCAUAUGCCCUUUGGACCCAAUACCUCGACACACCCCGCUCGUACCUGGAGAACAACUGUACCAUGUCCGUCCAUUGUAUCGCCAGGUUUUUUUUGCGACUUAUUACCACCGGCGGUCCAAAUUGGAUGGUGAAAGCUCUCGACGCCAAGUUAUUGUAUCUAUUAGCCAAGACGUUGGCUUGGAAUCAAACUGGGCCCCAGUCAAAAUCAGAGUCAUCGAUGUUCGAGAUCGUCAAAAAAAUUCUUCACGCGCUGCUGAUUCAUUCGGUCUAUAGACCAGUUUGGCGACGAAUCCGUCGUAAUUUGAGGGACGUACGAUCCGAAAAUAUCCAAGAUUAUCUGGGUGCCGGAAAUUCAUGGAAGCUGUGGGUAGACUUAGCGCGCGAGUUCCACAUCCUUCCGAAAGGCCUUAAAGGAGGCAUGUACAAACGAGAAACUCAUCCCAUGAAUUAUCCACCUGACGAUACGCGCCCGAUGAUCAGUGAAUUGGCUCAAGUACAACUUCUUUUCCGAGGUCUUCUCCAGGCUAUAGCAUGUCGUGAUGAAAUUCGCCACUCGAUUCGCGCUCAAGGUCUUCAAUCUUCACGGAUUGUAAUUGAAUUCAACCUCACUUGUAAUCCUUGGACCUGGAAAGUCUAUCGUCUAGUUUGGUCUGACAAGUCCCAGUCGUUCCUCACCAAAUUCGGGUUUCGACGUCACCACGAUACAGUAUUUGCGAUCAUAUGCCCCGUUACUAUGAAGUUGACGAAAUAUGUCGCUCGUUCCAUUCAUAGAAUGGCUUUGCUGGACUUUCACCAUGAGGGUAACAAACCUUCGAAAGAUUGUUUAUUCCAUAUGUUGGACGACAUUAUCCGUCAUUGA